UGAGAGACACACAACAAAGCCACCACUUGCUUAGUCUCGUCUCGCCGGAACUCUAGCCACCGAACAUGUAUGACCCUGGCGGCAGCUCGUCGUCCCGGCCGCGCGGCAAGGAGGAGCUGCAGCCGGAGGUUGUUCUCUACACGGCGACGGCGUCAGCGUCCCGCCGCAGAGGGCGCACGUCCGCCGACCGCUACGCCUUGUGCGCCCUGCUGCGUGGCUACGGCCUGGCCGUGGAUGUGCGCGACGUGUCGAGGAGCAAAGCACACCGCUGCGAGCUCAAGUCGUUGCUUGCAGCUCGGGGCUGCGCCUUCUCGCUCCCGCAGCUCCUCGUGGGCGGCCGGCUUGUCGGCGGCCCUGACGAUGUUAGGCAGCUGCACCAGGACGGCGGGCUGCGGCCUCUCCUCGACGGCGCCCCAAGGCCAUACGCCGUCUUCGUCUGCCAAGCCUGUAAGAGGGUCGGCUCCGAACCCUGUGAAGACUGCAGCGACUCCCGCAACAAGAUGCUGGAUCAUGUCAUUCUUGAGAAGGAGGAUGAGCAGGAGAGGGUUGUCCUGUUUUAUCCAACACAAGAUGUUUCAAUGGGAGGUAGAGGCAGAGAGGUGGAUACCAGUUUCAGUGUUUCUCUGGGCGCCAUGAGACCCCUUCUUAAGAAGCUUGACAUGAUGCUAGGUCCUCAUGGAUGCAAGCUGACCAAGGGGGUCAAUGAUAGGUUGCAACUCCUCCAAGAUGAUCUUGAAGAAAUAGCCGCAUACCUUGAAGAUCUGUUAGAGGUGGAGGACCCUCCCCUGGCAGCCAAGUGCUGGAUGAAAGAGGCACAUGAGUUAUCUUAUGACAUCCUAGAUUGUAUUGACAACUUUGUGCCCCCUAAUCAGUCUCUUGGCUACAAAUCUGACCACAAGAUGACUCAUGUUAAGAUUCCAAAGAGGCUCAAGUGGAAGAAACAGAUUGAAUAUGCAGCUCUUGAUGUGUCAGGACAUGUUAUCUACAAAACCAUCCGUGUUGAUGUAAUUUGUGCUCCCAGGAGGCUCAAGUGGUACCAGCAGAUCAUUGAAAAGGUAUCAGAAUUCAGGAUUUAUGCCCAGGAGGUGGUUCAACGGUAUGACAGAUACCAGGUCCACUACUGUAGCACCUCGGUGGCAAGUAGAUUUUCGGGCAUUGGGCCUAUGAUGCCAAUGCCGCCACCGCCUUGUGAGAAAACUUGUUCCAGCCUAGUAAUUGAUGGUCGGAUGAGCAAGUUUAUCAACUCCCAGCUGGCUAAUGAUGAGAAUCAGCAGCUCGGGGUGGUGUCUAUUCACGGAUAUGGAUGUCUUGGUAAAACAAUGCUUGCCAAAGUGUUGUAUAAUAAAUUGGGGAGGCAAUUCCAUUGUCGGGCUUUCAUCCGGGUGUCCAAAAAGCCUGAUAUGAAAAGGCUUUUCCGCGACAUGCUCUCACAAAUCCAGCGGAAGCAUCCCCAAGCAAGCGAAGACGCUUCUGAUGAACUUCACAUUACUGCUGAAAAUAUCAGGAAUUAUCUACAUGCCAAGAGGUACCUAAUUGUUGUUGAUGAUUUAUGGGAUACAGCAGCAUGGGAUGUUAUUAAUCAGCUUUUCCCGAAGUGUAGUCAAGGAAGCAGAAUAAUAACAACUACACAGAUUGAAGAUGUUGCAUUAGCAUGUUGCAGCGUUGACCCAGAACAAGUUUUUAAGAUGAAUCCUUUGGAUGAUGAUCACUCAAGGAAGCUAUUCUUUGACAGGCUUUUUGGUUCUGAAAGUAACUGUCCUGAAGAAUUGAAACAAGUUUCAAGCCAAAUUAUAGAAAUAUGUGGUGGUUUGCCGCUAGCCACCGUCAGCAUUGCUAGUCUUUUAGCAAACCAGCCUUCUGUAUCAGUAGAUUUAUUAACACACAUACAUGAUUCAUUAGUGUCUUGUUUGUCAUCAAAUUCAACUUCAGAAAGAACGAGACAAGUACUGCACCUCAGCUACAACAGCCUUCCUCAUUACCUCAAGACAUGCUUGCUCCAGCUCCGUAUGUAUCCAGAGGGCUCCUUAAUCUUCAAACAUGAUCUGGUCAGGCAAUGGGUGGGUGAAGGUAUUAUUGCUACAAGAGAAGGGCAAGACACAGAGGAAGUCGCAGGAAUGUAUUUCGAUGAACUUGUUGAUAGAAGAUUCAUCCAACCUAUGUCUAUCAACUUCAACAAUGAGGUGAUGUCAUGCACAGUCCACGACGUGGUACAUGAUCUUAUUGCACACAAGUCUGCAGAAGAGAAUUUCAUUGUGGUACUAGAUCACAAUCGAAAGAUUUUGGCACUUUCUCAUAAGGUCCAUCGACUGUCUCUCCAACUUGGUGAUGCAAAAUAUGCCAAGAUACCAGCAAACAUCAGAAAGUCACAAGUACGUUCACUUGGAGUUUUUGGAUUAUCAGAGUGCAUGCCUUGCAUUGGAGAGUUCAAGCUUGUUCGUGUUCUGAACAUUCAUCUGUCUGGCCAUCAUAAUGGCGACCAAGAACUGGCUGUGGACCUCACUAGGAUAUCCGGACUAUUCCAUCUUAUAUAUCUGAAGAUUGUAUGUGAUGUCUGCAUAAGACUUCCAAACCGUAUGAGAGGGCUGCAGUGUUUGGAAACACUGGAUGUUAUGGAUACACCAAGUGGCACUUAUGUUCCAUGGGACAUUAUAUAUCUCACGCGCUUGUUGCACCUUAGUCUUCCUCCUCACACAAAUCUGCUGGAUUGGUCUUUCGGUGAUGAUCUAAGCCUUUGCAGGCCGAACCACCUGCAGGAUCUUUGCAUUUCUACACCGCCUUCUUCAGAUUACGACCAUCUGAAGAGAAGAAUGUAUGCUCCGGAUUAUUUAAUGUAUGGACAUGACAGCCUGAAAACUGUAAAACUGGUGGCUCACGGAUCCUCGGUUAGCUAUGGUGACACAUCAAAAGCAAGAGUUAGGUGGGUUUUGGAUAAACUUACCCACCAUGUCCAGAGAAUUGAGGUCUCACCGCACAUCCCCGUCAUAUUUUGCAAAAUGCAUUUGUGGGAUAUCCAACAUGGCAACCUGUGCAUUCUGAAGAUUGCAGUGGAUGGACUAUCAGUAAAUGAUGUUGAUAUUCUUAGCGGGUUGCCUGCCCUCACUGCUAUGUCAUUGUAUGUGCAGAAGUCACCUAAUAUUAAGAUAAUAUUUUGCAUGGGGGCUGGAUUCACAGCUCUCAAGUACUUGAAGCUGAGGUUCAUGAGUGGAAUAGCUUGGCUAAAAUUUGAGGCGGACGCAAUGCCUAAUCUCUGGAAGCUCAGGCUCGUUUUCGACGCCAUCCCCCAAAUGGACCAACGACUUGAUCUUUAUUCAGAGGGUGACCAGUGGACACAAUAUCGACAUGGUAAUGCAUUAAUCAACAUCGAGCAUAUGGCACGCCUUAGAGAGGUCUCCGCAAAAUUUGAGGGCGCAGCUGCCGAUCUGAAGUAUGUGUCGAGGAUAGGGAUAGUUAGCAAUCAUCCGAGCAAUGCUAUAAUCAACGUGCAACUAGUGGAUUCUGGUUCCCAUGGCGAUAAAAGGAUAUCAUCAACGUCACCGGAGUCCACUUCCUGCCCGCUGCAUGUUCCAGGAGCGGGAGCUGGUGGAGAGGUCUCAUGGAGCAAUAUCAUUGGUGCGAUAGGUCGUGACCUCUUCAUCUAUUGCCUCCACCGGCUGUCCAGGUGGGACUAUGGUGCCAUCGCCUCCCUGAACCAUGAUUUCAAUUCGGUGGUUCGCAACGGGGACAUCUACCGUCUGCGUCGCAAAAAUGGGGUGGCGGAACACUGGCUCUACCUCCCUUGCCGUAAUCUCCACGAGUGGGAGGCUUAUGACCCGUCCACUGGGCGCUGGAUCCAUGUGCCCAAGAUUCCACCGGCUGAAAGCUCCUACUGGGACUCUCUUGCUGUAGGAACCGAGCUGCUGGUGUUUGGGGACUUCGGAAGGGUUGCCUGGAGAUAUAGCAUCCUUACCAAUUCAUGGACAUGGCUGGCGGAUGAGAUGAACACUCCGCGGUACUGCUUUGGGUCAGCAAGUGUCGGGGAGAAGGCGUAUGUCGCGGGAGGCGCUGAUUCUUCUAAUAGUCACUUGAGCUCCGUAGAGAUGUAUGACUCAGAGACACACACUUGGACACUCCUUCCCAGCAUGAAUACAGCUAGGUUCGGAUGCUCUGGCGCGUUCAUGGACGGCAAGUUCUAUGUGAUUGGUGGUAUUACCAGCAGUCUUGAGGUAUUGACAUGCGGUGAGGAGUAUGACUUGAACUGGCGGUCAUGGAGGGUCAUCGACAAUAUAGCUCAGGGCCUCAACAAUACAGUUUUGGGUGCUCCUCCGCUCAUUGCAGUUGUGAAGAAUGAGCUUUAUGGCGCUGAUUACAGUGAGAAUAAUGAGUUGAAGCAGUAUGAUAAGCUGGACAACAAGUGGAUCACUCUUGGAAAAUUGCCUGUAGAGUCUAAGAGAAAGGGCUGCGACAUGGGUUUCCGAGCGUGUGGUGACCGGCUCAUUGUUAUUGGGCCUCCAAACAAUUCUACUAGUAAAGAGUUGGUUGAGCUUCAUUCAUGGACCCCUGAUAAGCAACAGCCUGUGUGGAAUUUGGUUGCAACACGGCAAUUUACCAAUAAGGGGCCGUUUUUGUACUGCACUGUGAUGUGUUGCUGAGUCAGUCCACAGAAGAACGACUCGAUGCAUGCAUAAUUACCAUGUGCUGCCAGCUGGGCAGGUCUCAUUCUCAAGUCUGAAUUUCCGCAUCAGUGCUACAAAAAUGGAAGACAUAAAUGAAUUUCAGGGGGAAGGGCCUAAACAAGCAUCCAGACAUUUUAGUUCCUAGACGUUAAUUAUUGUCGCAAUUUGGAUUCCAAAAAUGUUUCGACUCUUUCCACGGCAUUCUUAUGAUCUUCAUUUCCAUCACCAACUUAAACUGUACUUUAUCAGUAGCACAUUACUGUGGGUUACUUUUGAACAUCGAGUUGAGUCUCUAGCUUGCUCUUUUCUUUCUGCUGAACAUUGUUCAAACUCCGAAAAAGAAACAA